GUUAGCACACACCCACCUUUCCCUGCACACUCACGCACGCACACACACUCUCAAGCAGCCCGAGAGCCAUGAAGGAGCUGAAGAGCAAAGCGCUGUGGCGGGCCGUGUUGGCUGAGCUCGUGGGCAUGGUCCUCUUUAUCUUCCUCAGCAUCGCCGCCGCCAUCGGCAACCAGAACAACACCAAGCCCGACCAGGAGGUAAAGGUGGCCUUGGCGUUCGGGCUGGCCAUCGCCACGCUGGCGCAGAGCCUGGGUCACAUCAGCGGGGCGCACCUGAACCCAGCCGUGACCCUGGGCAUGCUAGUGAGCUGUCAGAUCAGCGCACUCCGGGCGAUCCUGUACAUCGCGGCACAGAUGCUGGGUGCUGCCGUGGCCAGUGGCAUCGUCUACGGCGUCCAGCCCUCUAACGUCAGUGCGCUGGGCAUCAACGCGCUAAAUGAAAACAUCACUCCAAGCCAAGGCAUAGGAGUUGAGCUGCUGGCAACAUUCCAACUUGUUCUAUGUGUCCUAGCAACCACAGAUAAAAGGAGGCGGGACGUGUCAGGCUCCGCCCCACUAGCCAUUGGCCUCUCGGUGUGCUUGGGGCACCUGACAGCCAUCAGCUUCACUGGGUGCGGGAUUAACCCCGCGCGCUCCUUCGGUCCAGCAGUCAUUAUCAGUGAUUUCUCCAAUCACUGGGUCUACUGGGUGGGGCCAAUGUGUGGGGGCGUGGCUGCUGCUCUAAUUUAUGACUUCCUGCUCUACCCCAAAAUGGACGACUUUCCUGACCGUUUGAGGGUGCUGCUCUCCGGACCCCCCCUUGACUACGAGGUGAACGGAGCGGAACACGCCGCCGCGGUGGAGAUGUCAUCUAAGUGAUACGUAGCGAUCCAGCUACAUCGUGUAUCAUACUUCCUAAGGCCUUAAAACACUUGUAAAUACUCCACAGGAACAGCAGUCUUCUUUUUCCUUUUAAAAAGGAGUUCGCACUCACUUAUUUUAUCGGCUUCCCCUAUUUUCUAUCAGAACUCCUAUUUAGUACUUUUUUAAACAUAUACCUCUAUUUUCUGGAUUUUUUUUACAUUUAUAUUUGUUUUCAAAGAGUGAACACAAGCUAUUUAGUUAGUCACUUGUUUUUGUAAACAGUUGUCUGUGUAAAUGGUUGUAUUGCAUUUUGUAUUGCAUAACAUAUACGCUAUAAAUUCAUUCACUUUUGUAAGUAAAUAAAACAGUUCAAGUUA